CACAGGAGAACCUUCCGAAGAUGCUGACCGUCUCGGCCGCCACUGAACCAGCCCGUUCUGACGAAGUGCUGGUAACUGCUCAAUGCGAUACAAGGUCAACGGCCCCUGCUCCAGUGAACCAAAAGAAGAAGCGGACUAGAUCUGCUCGUAAAACUUCGAAGGGGCUUGAAGACCCAGGAACUAGUAAGACGCCGGCAAUAGAGCGGAAAACCUACGCUACCGUUGCUUCGACGUCGUUUGUGAAGACAGGGACAGUCCCACCGCCAGUGGUGAAAACAGCUGGUAUAGGUGUCGAAUCCAAGGCACGUGGGGUAAACACUCCCCGUCGUGCCGACUCUUUCACGGAUAGUAGCGUUAUAUUCCGUAACGUUACUGAAUCUGCGGCCGCUCUCCCAAGGGAACGCAUCUUGGAUGACAUCAAGUGGCUGAAACUGUGUGUCAGCAAGCUGCUUCCACCUGGCUUCCCUGGUGUCACUGUCAGAAAGCUGACCAGAUUGGGGAACGUCCCUAUCGCUACGCCAAAUCCACGACCCCGACUACUUCGCGUGGUCCUUUCUACCCCGGAGGAACGCAAAUCAUUACUGCGGUUUGCAUUCAAACUUAAGGGUAGUGGUGUCAGCGUUCAGCCGGACCUACCACUGGCAGAUAGAUUGAAGUUAAAGGAGGCUAUCAAAGACCUCAAAACUAGACGGGCGGCUGGUGAGCAAGGCCUCCGUCUGGUGGGUUUUCAGGUGGUCAGCCGGAAGUUAUUUUCCGCCCUAUCAGAACCCAUCCUGAUGGCGCACGACCCAGGGAUGGUCGUGCCGACUUCCUUGAGGUAG